CCGACAUCGCUCGCCAGUUGUAAAGUAGCCUCCGAAGGUGACGCGUCGUGCCGCCAACCGCAAGCCGUCGCCGGCCCUCGGAAAACUUUAUAAUAAACAACACAAAUUCGACUCUAUGGCCGUAACAGUUUCAAGACUCUCACCAUAAUACAUGCAUUGCACCAUUUUCUAUACGAGUAUAGCACCUGGAUUUUCGCGUGAUGUAACGAGUUCGCCCCAUUUACUAAUGCGAUUGUAGCACUGUGCAAAUCUGACUUAAUGCCGUGCCGUUACAUGAUUAACAUUGCCCCGUGUUGUAUUAAUUUUUACUUGAAGUGUUUUUUUUUUCUGUUUAAAUUUUACGUGUCGUGCCGUGAUUUCAAAAUAAGGUCAUUGUAACUAAUAUCAUUAUUCAAUACGUCCUAAAUAAGAAAAUCGUUGACGUUUAAUUGUAUGGUAAAAGAAAAAACCUUUUCUAUACAACUCGAAAAUUAUCGAAUGCUGAUGAAGAUUGGACACGUACCAUGAUCACUUCCUCAAUCGAAUGAAUUGAACGAAGGAGUGCAUAGUAGAAUAGAAAGUAAAUCUCUAGAUAUUUUCAUCUACCAAAUCUGAACUUAAUUAAAUUAAGCACAUGUACGAGUAUUUAAAAAGGCUUUAAGAAGACUUAAUUAAAUAAAUAAAUACUAAAUAUAUAUCGCAAUAUAAAUCGAAUAUAGUAUAAUAAAUAAAAUAAGUAUAAUAGAUAAUAAAAAAUGUGAAACAACUGACGAGCUGUUGUCUCUAAACUUAGAAGUGAAAAGCAAUUUUAUUCGGUAUUACGAAGUUUGGAAAAACUAGCCCGGAUGGUGUGCGAUGGUGGCGCGAUGCUGUGUUUGGAGUCGCUGAUGGCGCGAUGGCGCGACCGUGGUGACAGGGACGGGGAAAGAAGAACUCGCUCCAGGAGCCUCUGCUCUUCAGCUGGUGAUGGAAGCCUCCUUCAAUUAUUGCACAGAAGAGCCAGUAGCGCGUUCUCGUCGGCGAGUGAGCUGAUAACAAGACGCGGCGUUUUUUCCAGACGACAAUAUGGUUCCGUUGAACAGUUAUCAGGCACAAGCGACGGUGGUGGCGCUUUGGAUGCAGUGGUGCGCCGUUACCGGCUCGAAAACGGAAACUCUCUCGGCGAAAAGGAUGAAUUGUUCGGACCGCCCAGCGCGCCCGUCCUUGAGAACCCUGAGUUCCAAACAAGAUGGUACUUCAAAUACUUUCUUGGUAAAAUGCAUCAGAAUUACAUCGGUGUCGAUGGAGCGAGGGAGCCAUAUCUUCUCAGCGUUGUUCAGGAAGGGGGAGCAGGACUACUACGUGCCAUACUUUUUAACAAAAUGGGCGCACACAAAAUAUAUUUGCCACCGAGUGCCUGGAGUGGAAGCGGUGGUCAAGCAACAAGGCCGACGGUAAAACAAAUACUAGCCCAGUUUCCAGCUAUGGAGAAAGUAGACAAAGUACCGAGAGAGAUCACAUGCGCCGAAAUUCAGAAAGACGUUCUGCUGCUCGAAGAGCAAGAAGGCUCUGUGAACUUUAAAAUAGGCGUGAUGCUAAUGAAUCCAGGUCAGAAAACUGACGACGAGAUGCUUUCGAACGAGAAGGGCGACGAGAAAUGGGAACGAUUUAUUUCACUUUUGGGUGAUAAAAUUCGAUUACGAGGAUGGAACCGUUUCCGAGGCGGCCUCGACGUUAAAGGUGAUAUGACUGGCAGCCAUUCCAUUUACACGAUGCAUCAAGGACACGAAAUUAUGUUUCACGUCUCAACGAUAUUACCGUUUUCAAAGGAUAACAAACAGCAGUUGGAAAGAAAACGGCAUAUUGGUAAUGAUAUCGUGAAUAUAAUUUUCUCGGAUGACUCCGUCCACAAUACCUUCAACCCGCAGUGCGUUAAAAGCCAUUUCACGCAUAUUUUUGCCGUUGUAUCUGAAGUGGAAGGAGCGGGAUAUAGGUUGAGUGUUUACAGCGAUGACACGGUACCCCCAUUUGGACCUUCGCUGCCUUGUCCCGCAAUCUUCAGCGAUCCCCAACUCUUCAGGGAAUUUUUACUGGUGAAAUUGAUGAAUGGAGAGAAAGCCGCGUUUCAAACUCCCACUUUUGCAUUGAAACGACAAAGGACUCUUGAUACAUUGAUAAGGGACAUCUAUGCAGAGCAUUGUGCAGACCACAAAGUGCCCAUGUUGUCACGACGCGCGCUCUCUGACGUCUGGUCCGGAGGUGCUGGGGCAGGAGCCGGGGCGGCGAGAACCGAAAGAUUCUUACAUGUUGGUCAAGCUCUUAAACUAGACGCGGUCUUAAGAGGCGACGCCCCAACCAGUCUUGUUUCUACAGGUUGCGGUGGCUUAAGACGUGCACCUUGGGAAGGUCGCGUGUGGAGAGCUGCUCCUCUUCCAGCAUCUCCUGUUUGCGCUGAACAAUUAGCAGAAGGACGACUACUCCUGUCUACUACCUCAAAUACUUAUAUUUUAGAAGAAAGUGGAACUACACGCGUAGUCCUCAGAUGGGAAGGUUGCGUGCGUGCGGCGCGUGUGAGCGAACGCGCUGGCUUGUUCCGCGUUGGAGCGCGUGUUGUGGCAGGCGGGGGCUCGACCACGGGAGGGGCCGGCGGUGCGGGAUUGUACGCGCUACCACUGCCCGAACUCUGCGCCGGCGCCUGGGCAAUGCGACCGCUGCAGGACUGUAAACACGCACGACUGCCGCGUACCAAGACCGCUCAAUACUUCGAUGUCCUGGAGUCAGUUAACGGAAAUAAGACAACACUAGCAAUAGCAGUCGGUAGAAGAGUGAUGCUCAUGAUCGAAGAAGUUAAGGCUGACUAUGAAAUGGGAUUCGAGUACGUACAUAUCAAGGACAUUCAAUUAAGCGAAACGCCGACCCUCAUCAAGCUGAUGGACGGUGAAGUUGAAACAAUGGUGGUCGGCUACAAACACCAUUGGGAGAUUCUCGACACAAACAGUGGCCAAGGUGUGAAAAGAGCCGAAAAUUCCGAAGACCCUGGAACCCGACGCGGGACUCUAGUCAAUGCUCUGAGGAUUGGCGACGAAAGAGACGGACAAAUUGUAUUAUGUUACAAUCAUACAUGUCACUUUGAGAGGCUGACAAGCAAAGGAUUAGAGAGCGACGGAGAAUAUGACUUUCAUUGGACCACAGUUCCUGCUGCUAUCGUUUGUGCUUUUCCAUACAUAAUGGCCUUCGCGGAAGAUUUACUGGAGAUACGAUUAGUGGCAAACGGUUCUCUGGUGCACGCAGCCUGCAUACCGGGCUUAAAGCUUCUGUGCGGACGAAUGGAUAUAUUCUACGUGGCCUGUGCUCCGGAAUACGUACCAUUGAGCCGUGAGAUAGACCCGUGCUUGAGUCUGCACGACUACGAACUAGUCAAGCAGAUGAACAAACAGAGCGGCCCGUAUUCACUGGAUGAAGAUGAAAACCACGAAAAUAAAGGCGACGCGGCUCAUGCGAAUCGAACAUCCGAAGACAACUCAGCCUCGAGCAGAAGCAGCUCUAUAUCAUCAGAACAGGAGAACAUUAGGCCUCCCUUACAAAGGAUGGCGCCUAUAUCACCGCCUACGUCACCCCAAGUAAUGCCAGAGAAUAGUCGUUGCGUGCGUAUUUACAAAAUACCACAGAGUAACCUCAGCGCGGGAACUUACCAAAGACAGUCCGUGUCAGCCGAUCAAGUCGUCACCUCCUACUUUCCAGACAGACCGAACAGCAUCAGACAGAGACUAGCGGAGUUGAGAUUAGACAGCAAGUCUAGGGGAGGAGGCGAUGACGAAAAUUUGUGAAUGAAUCAUGUUUCAUCAAAUGUACGAUGAAAAUAAGCCGCUGCACAAUUUUAAAUUCGUUUGUAAAAUAAAACAAAAAGGUUUUAGAAUAGCUUGUUAAAUGAGGUUAACUCUAUCGAAUGUUGUAAACGUUGACUUAUUCCAUUAAAAUAGAAUAUAAAAUUGAAUACAGUUACAAUUAGACGUGUAUAUUCAGAACGUAUAUUUUUUAAAUAAAAAUUGUUGGUGAUAAAUGCGUAUUAUAUUGUUAUGGAUCGAUGGGAUUAAUGUGAUCUUUAAAGUAAGUACAACGCAACACAUCACUCUUCAAUCGGUACUUAGUAAUAUAAGUAAUAAGUGGGCUAUUGAACGCGUAGCCUUCGCGUAUGAAAUAUGUAAAAAAAUGUGCAAAUUCACAAAAAAAUCAUAAUAAAUUUUAUGAAUGUUGUUGCAUAGGAUGAGCAUGUUGAAUGAAAUUAGAAAAGUUCAGAAGGACGAAAAUGUAAAAUUUAAUCCGAUUAAUGUCGGAAGUACUACAUUGAUAUUACAAUGACAUUAACCAUUAGUAGGUACCCUAUUCUUAGAUCUGAUUAAAAUAUUUUAUUAAGUGUGACAAAGUAUUUAAAUCUGAAAAAAAAGAGAUUCGCAUUUGGUCCACAUUUCCAUCUUUCAUUUAUUUCAAAAACACUUACUUGAUUCGCCAUCUAAACUAGUCUUUGUUGAUAAUUAUAUGAUAUUUAUAACAUUAUCCAUUAACUUUAAUUUCCAUUUUUUAAAUUUAAAAAUAAUAUAGCUAUACUUAAAGAUGCAUUUGUACAACUUGUAUUUGGGUAUACUAAAUAAGCAUUUGUUAUUCUUAAGAUAUUCUUUGAGUCACUUGACUUGGAAAACUUUAAGACAUAAAGUGAUUUAUAAAUAGUGGAUAGAAUUUAAGUAAUAAAUGAAUGUAAGUGUACAAGAGGGCGAAACUCCAUAGUUUUAAAUAAAAUAUUGCUAUUAUUAUAAUAGAUACAUGAUAGCUCGACUCUACUUUGCCCACAACAUGUUUCCAAAUUUCAAUGUUGUGCUUCAUACAGUAAAAAUAACACGCACAAUUUCUCAGUAAAAUUGCGGAAUCGAUAACGGUUCCUUUUCCUAAAGAUAACUUCUAACCGUAAUUUCAAAUUAUUCGUGCAAAGCAUAAUCUGCGGGAAUAAUAAGUGUUUUCCUUGUCGCCUUGUUUCUGCAUCGCUUGAAUAAAAUUAGUGCCCGCAUUAUUUUUUUCUUUUCUUGGAUUAAAUAAUUAAUUAACUUUAACUAAUACCAGCAGUUUCCUAAUUUGCGAACAAAAACAUCUCACUUUAUUCCCCUACCUAACCGAUAUUAGUCGAUAGCCUACUACUAUUCCAACAACGCGCUGACGGAAUCAUCUCACACUACCCCUAUGACUUUAGUCAUUUAACACUUAGGUACUAGGUAUAUAGUAGAUGAUAAUUUAAAUUAAAUAAAUAAAAAUCCGCAGUACUUUCUUACUCCAUAAUAAUAAAAACGAUUAAUUUUAAUAAUCCGCGCUGUCCUACUAAAUAUUUCUAAUACAUUUAUACCUAAGCAAAGUAAACUUUAGUGUACAAUGUUUUGGGUAACUAUUACGUACAAUUUAUCAGUAAUGUAUUACUCAAAGAUAGUAAAAAUCAAAUCAGUUUAUUUUAAAUGCUAUCGAACGCAGAUAUUCAAAGCACGGCACACCGAAUGUUCUUCGUAUCGUUGGUCUGUUCAAACUUAUUUUUGAAACCUCAUUUAAUUUUGAAGGACAAUUAACAGCGGAGAUACCAGUCAUUAAAUAUAGCUACCGGUCAUUGUAACAUUGUAGAAUGAGACAUAUAGUUACUUGCACAUACAAGCUGAAACUAAAAGUGUGCAUAGAAUACAUUCAAACAAUUUCUAUAGUGUUUAAGAAUUCAAAGAUAAUUUGUGUACAUACAAUUUGAAAAUAAUACAAUUUAUAAACUAUAUAAAAAAUAUAAUAUUAAUAUUCGACGAAAACAUCGACGGCGCCGAUGUAAUUUCUGCUACAUUAGAGUAAGACCCUAAUAAUUAAAGAGUACCUACUUUAGAGUAUCUCUUUAAAAGACUAUUUUGCGAUCCAUCUUUGGCUAUCGCACAACUAAUUUGUUAAUACCAUAAACUCUAUCGUAUUGUUCGCAUUUUAAAUAAAUCAUAAAAUGUAUUUUAUAAAAUCAUUACCAGUAAAGAAGUGCCAUCCAAAAGAUUCGGUUAACUACCUUAGAGAUAAUAAAUUAAUAUUUUGCGAUGCAAGCGAAUUGAAUAUUUAAAUUAAGAGUAAAUACUAAUCUUCUGUGUAAGUUUAUGUAUUCUAGUAGUCAUUUUUGAGUAAAAAAUUAAUAAUGUUAAUAGAGAUUCUGCACUGGAUUUAAAAGUGUAAUACGGCACUGGACGAUGUAAUAUUUACUGAUUAGUUUAUUUGAUACCAUUAACAAAUACCUAUGAUGAUUGUAAAAUAGUUACAUAAUUUACAUAUUUUGGAAAUAUAGCGGAAAUUAAACCUCUUAAUUACCUAAUUGUAUCUUUUUAGGAAUCAUCAAAAUGAUUAAAGAGUUUUAAUCUCAUCAUAAACGUUCAUUGUGCUCAGUGCGACUUUUUUAACGUUCACGAUAGCGUAAAAGUUAACUCAAUUUUGUAUGCAGUUGGUACAGCGCCCCUAGCGGCAAACGUAGGCAAACGAUCCCAUUCCAUACAAUAACUUUUACGCUAUCGAGAACGUUAAAAAACUCGCACUAAGCAGACAGUUUUGUUUCAUAAUAAAAAGAUCGUGUAAUGUAUGCUUGAACAAAAUGGAUUAAAUUCAUUUUGUUCGCACAUUUAACGUAGGUACAAAAUAUUUACUUGAUAUGAUAGAAUUUUCUUUAAUACACCUGAUAAUUCUUCGUAGUAAUAGAUGUAAAGGCAGUGGCAUUAAUAUUGGUGUAAAUAAAAUUAUGACGCAGCCGUAAAUUGGCUAGAGAUACUUCGUAUUAUAAAUUGCUCAUAACUUUAAAAUUUAAUUUUUUAACUUAAUUAAUUUAAUAGCGCAUUUUUUUAGUGGCAUCCAAAAAGUAAUAACGUAGGUAUCUACAAAGUAAUUAUAUUUUGAUAAGUUGCAAUUUCAAUACUUAUAAGAAUGUUUAAUUAUUUAAAAAAAAUAGAGCAUCGAUUUUAAAUAUCGUGAAAUAAUUACCAAAGUUUGCAAAACCAAAAUAAUUUAUAUGUUUGUAAAAUAAAUCUAUAUAAUUCCUACAGUUUAUGUGUAAAACUGAACAUAUUUGAAUCUCACUGAAGUAGUAAAAAAAAUAUUAAAUAAGUUUAAAUUAAUAAACAAAAUCGUUGUAUAAACUACAAUUGGAAAAAAAACUAUUGGUGUUUUUUUCAAAUAAGUAAGUCUUAGUAUAGCUCUGUCUGUGUUUUUAUUAAACAAAUCAAAAUUGGUUUGUUUAGCAAUUUCAUACAGAUAAGUACGAGUAAGUGCAAAACAAACGUAUAAUAUACAGUUUUACAGUAUUAAAAUUUCGUUUAAUAGAUAUGAUGGCGAACAUUAUAAGGUAUAGUAAAGUGUAUUGUAUUAUGAAUUUAUGACUAAUGUUGUAAGAUAUUUCUCAUGUAGUAGUGAGGUUUCUACUUACUGAUGUGUAUAUUUAACGGCAUACUGACUAUUAUUACAAAGUGUUAACAUUGAAUAAAAUUAAUAAUCAGGAAUGAGGGUAGAACACGUGGACAGAUGAGGGAUAUCAAGUAUUUCUAGUGGGAAGUGUUUGAAGGAUAAAAUAAUCAUUGAUAAGUUAUAUUGUUUAUAGUGUGAUCGAUUAAUAACAUAAAGUUAUCACUGAGUUUUGAGUGUAUCAUGUAAAGAACUAUGGAAUUUAUUGACAAAAAAAAUGUAUACAGGCAUUGUAAAAUAUUUCCACCUCGCAAGAGGCUACGAGAUUAUCCCACGAUGUUGCCUCAUACUUGUGUAACGGUUGUUGUUUCAAUUUGGUAUCCCUACACAAUAUUUCCUUUGGAGGAAACGGGAAAGGAAUUUAUAAAUAACUUUAAUUGUUACGUAAUUCAGUCGCAACCGAUUAUGAUUUAACUUAUUCUUUAUAGCUGUAACAAAAAAAUGAAACGAUUCACCAAAAAUUUUUAUAAUUAUGUAACGUAGAACUGAUUACCGACAAAUUGAAUAGAAAAUGACCCUGUCGUGAAAAACUUUAAAAUAUUAUUUUUACGGAUUGUGAUAACUGAAUACCUAUUAUGUAUUGUGAAUAUGAAACUGUGUGUAUAGUAGCCUAUUAUUAAAGUAGUUGAUUUGAAUGUUUUAAAAACAAAUAGUAAUUUAAUAUGUUUAUGAAAUUUAAAACAUAGAUAUAGUAUCUAAUCUAUAAAUUGUUCCAAAGUUUAUAAAAAUGAUAUAAGAUUAUACACUGUUGUAAUUGUCUCUGGAGUUUAAAUAAAUUAAUGUCUGUUCGAAGAAAA